AUGGAGUACAUCGACCGCCAUCCCACCGCCAUCGAGCGCAUCGAGGGCCAUCGCUUGCAGCAUAUGCAAACGGUCGGUGGCACUAGCAAGGCCCGCGCCGAGGGCUACGAACUUCCAUCCUUCGGCGCUGGCAAGCCCUACCCUCCCCCGCUCCCCGAACGAGAAGAAUAUGUGGUCGAAUUCGAUGGUCACGACGACCCGCGACACGCGAUGAACUUCCCCAUGAAGACCAAGAUUCUCAUCGCCGUCAUUCUGGUGUACGACUCCCUCGCCGCCACCUUCGCCUCCUCCAUCUUCUCCGCCGCAACGGAAGCAGUCGGCGAGCAUUUCCACGUCGGCAGAGAGGUCGUCACCCUCGGCACUUCGCUCUUCGUUCUCGGUUACGCCGUGGGCCCUAUCGUGUUCGCGCCCAUUUCCGAACUCUACGGCAGGCGUCUUCCCAUUGCCAUCGGCGCCUUUGGUUUCGCCAUCUUCAAUACGGCCGUCGCGGUGGCUAAAGACUAUCAAACGGUAGUCAUCUCUCGUUUCUUCGCCGGCUUCUUCGGUUCAUGUCCCCUGACGCUCUGCGGUGCUGUCUUUGCAGACAUGUUCAACAACGAGCAUCGUGGUACCGCUAUCGCCAUCUUCUCCGCAACAUUGAUGAUUGGUCCGUUCUGCGGGCCGUUCGUCGGUGGGUUCGUUACGAAAACGAUCGGCUGGCGCUGGACCGCAUGGUUGCCAAGUUUUAUGGGUUAUAGUGCGCUAGUUCUGCUCAUUUUCUUCCAGAAAGAGACCUAUGGGCCUGUCGUGCUCGUAGCCAAAGCCUCGGAGCUCCGACGCCUCACGCGCAACUGGGGCAUCCACGCCAAGCAAGAGGAAGUCGAGGUGGACCUCAAGGACCUCGCGAUCAAGAACUUGACCCGUCCGCUACGCAUUCUCUUCACCGAGCCGAUUGUCUUGAUCAUCACGCUCUACAUGUCGUUCAUCUACGGCCUGCUCUACCUGAACCUCACAGCCUAUGCACUGGUAUUCCAAGGGGUCUACGGCUUCUCGCUGGGCGUUUCCGGCCUGCCUUUCAUCGCGCUGAUUGUCGGCGUCCUGAUCGGCUUGGCCUGUGUGGUUCUUAUGAACAAAAGCUACGUCAAAAAGUUGAGGGCCAACAACAACAUCCCCGUACCCGAAUGGAGACUCCCGCUGCCCAUGGUUGGCGGCAUUCUCUUCGCGGCCGGUCUUUUCUGGUUCGGCUGGGGCGGCUACUCGACACAGGCGCCAUGGAUCGUGCCUACUCUGGCUGGGGGUUUCAUCGGUUUCGGCAUAUUUUCUGUGUUCUUGCAAUGCCUGAACUACAUUAUCGACGCGUACCUGAUGUUCUCUGCUUCCGCCAUUGCCGCCAACACCAUCAUGCGAAGCAUGUUCGGCGCCAUCUUCCCCCUCUUUGCGACCUACAUGUUCGAAGGGAUUGGCAUCAACUACGGCAUGACCCUGCUGGGCUGUGUCGCCGCCCUGUUCAUCCCCAUGCCCUUCUAUCUCUACAAACACGGCAAGAAGCUGCGAGGCAAAUCCAAGUUUGCCCCCGCGCUGGACAUUCAGCAGGACAAGAGGCGCGACGAAGAGAGUCGGGGCCAACAGGAGACCGAUGUCGAGGACAAGAUCGAUGCCACAGGGUCGAAUAGCUCGGACGAGCCGAAGCCUGACGUGCAGCGGGAAGAGAAGAAACAUGCUUGA